CUUACCUAAAAAUCAAACGGCAGGUGGACGAUUGUCACUACAGUGUGUCUCAGACGGCCGAGAAAUGAACUACUUGUUUUGGAUACUCGUGCUUACUUCCUUGUUUUCUGUUGUUCCAACGGUGUUCGCCAACAGAAGGACAGUAGUUGGCCACAACAACGAUGAAGGUCUAGCCAAAGCGUUUCUUGACCGAUACGACGAUGAAUAUAGUCAAUUGGCUACCGAGAAGACAUGGGCAAGCUGGAACUACGAAACAAAUUUGACAGAUUACAAUGCAGCCAUCGUGGAAGAAGUCAGCGCACGUGUGUCAGCCUACGGCGAUAGAGCGAACAGCUACGCGUCUUUGUUUGACACUACCUUAUUUGCAUACGAUACGCGUCGACUGCUGACCAGUGUUGGCUCUUUAAGCCUAAACCCUGAGGAGGUGAAGGAAUUGACUCAAGUUCUCUAUCAAAUGAGUCGAAUAUAUGGCAGCCAUAAGGUUUGCAAAGAGGAGAAAUGCUACUCUUUAGAGCCUGAAUUAACCAAGUUGAUGGCUUCAUCGACCAACGCCACCGAACGACUAUGGGCAUGGCAACAAUGGCAUGAAGGUGUUGGUCGAGCUAUCCGACCUCUCUAUGUCACAUAUGUCCAUCUGGAAAACAAGCAAGCCCGUUUGAACGGAUACGAGGAUUACGGUGAUGAAUGGCGACAAAAGUACGAGACUAAAGAGCUGGAAUCUCUGGUUCAUGACUUGUACAAACAAGUCGAGCCCCUCUAUCGCCAAAUUCACGCAUAUGUCCGGCGUCGACUCUACGAAACGUACGGCCCAAGCACCAUCGAUCUCAGGGGGCCUUUGCCUGCUCACCUCGUCGGGGACAUGUGGGGUCGUUUCUGGUCCGACCUGGGUGACAUCGUCCGGCCAUAUCCAAACAAAACAUCGGUCGAUCCCACAGAGGCCAUGAUUGCCCAAAAUUACACAGUCCGUCGGAUGUUUGAAAUGGGAAACGAUUUUUUUGUUUCCAUGGGACUCAAACCAGUUCCAGACGCGUUUUUCAAUCUCUCAAUGCUGGAGAAACCAACUGAUCGCGAAGUGGUGUGUCAUGCUACAGCUUGGGAUUUUAACGAUGGCAAAGACUUCCGCAUUCGGACGUGCGCAAGCGUUAGUUUUAGCGAUUUCUUGACAAUCCAUCAUGAACUGGGUCACACACAAUAUCAAAUGCAAUACGCUCAUCUGCCUUAUGGAUACAGAGAUGGAGCCAACGACGGAUUUCACGAGGCCAUUGGCGAAUUAAUGUCGAUGAGUGUAGCAACUACAAAACACCUUCAGUCCGUCGGGUUGAUGGAAGUAAUCGAAGACGAUCCAGAAGUGGAUAUUAACUUUCUAAUGCAACAAGCGCUAGCAUCCGUAUCUUCAUUGCCUUUCCAUCUGGUGCAGGACACAUGGCGAUGGAGGCUCUUCAGAGGAGAAAUUCCAACAGACGAGUGGAAUCGGGCGUACUGGCAUGAAAAGAUGGCAACAGUAGGUGUAACACCACCUGUUCCACGUGACGAUCCUCAAGAUCUCGAUCCAGUAGCAAUCUUUCAUGUUUCGGGGGGUUUCGACAUGAUACGCUACUUCACCAGGACCAUUAUGCAAUUUCAGUUUGCCCAAGCUCUUUGCGACAUUUCUGAUCACGUUGGUCCGUUGCAUAAAUGUGAUUUUUACAACUCAACUAAAGCCGGAACAGCCUUAGCGAAAAUGAUGAGCAUGGGAUCAUCCAAGCCAUGGCCUGAUGCAAUGGAAACAUUAACUGGUCAACGUGAAAUGUCCGUAUUACCUUUAUUAAAUUAUUUCCGGCCGCUUCACGAAUGGCUGGAAAAGGAAAACGCCCGCAAUGGCGAUACGAUCGGAUGGAAUAUUCCGCCAAGUGACCAAACAAGCUGAGCGCCUCCAGUAUUUUCACCACUUCUUGCAAUUGGCUUCCUGGUCUAAUGCAGUGCUUUGAAAUUAAAUAAUAUACAUUAAAACGCGAA